CAGGAAUCAACAAUCAUGGCUUCCUUGGGGAGCUCAGCAUCCUGGGCCCGGGGUUUCGCCCCCCGGUUAUUCAAGGAUUUCUCCACCUGCCGCCAAUGCCUACGGACUCAGAACUAUGCGACCAAAUCCGCCUUUCGCAGACAGUUCGCCGGCCUGUCGUUCGCUCAGUCUGGCCAGAGAGCCAAUCCUACGAUCCUGAACUCGAAGGCUAGACAAUUUUUGUCGCAGAAUAUGAGGAGAUCGGUUUCAUCGUCUACGGUUGCCAACUCUGCGGAGGAAGGAGCGACAAAAGCGAAGUCGAGCUUUCCACAGGUUAGCGAUAAAUCGGUUGCGUACUGGCUGCUGGGUAGUGCGGUCAGUGUGUUUGGUAUUGUGGUCUUUGGUGGCUUGACUCGAUUGACGGAAUCAGGGUUAAGCAUCACAGAAUGGCGUCCUGUUACCGGCUCUCUCCCUCCCAUGAACGACAAAGACUGGGAAUCCGAGUUCUCGAAAUACCGCGAAUCCCCCGAAUUCAAGCUCCUGAACCCGCACAUGACCCUCUCCGAAUUCAAGUCGAUCUACUACAUGGAAUGGAUCCACCGCGUCUGGGGCCGCUUCGUCGGUUUAUCGUUUAUCUUUCCCGCUCUCUACUUCGUCGCCAGAAAGAAAGUCAGCAAGCCCAUGGCACUGCGCCUCGCUGGAAUUACCGGUUUGAUUGGAUUCCAAGGCUUCAUUGGCUGGUGGAUGGUCAAGUCGGGCUUGAAGGAUGAUCUGUUUGCUCCCGGUAGUCACCCUCGUGUGAGCCAGUACCGUUUGACGGCACACUUGGGUGCUGCCUUCGUUUGCUAUGUUACUAUGCUCUGGAAUGGUCUUGCGAUUCUGCGAUCUCGUCGGCUCAUGGCGGAUCCGGAGGCUGGAAUCAAAACGCUCGAGGCACUCCGUGACCCCCGGCUCAAGCUGUUCCGUCGCUCGGUUGCUGGUCUGGCUCUUCUGGUCUUCACCACGGUUAUCUCUGGUGCACUCGUUGCUGGUCUCGACGCUGGUCUAAUCUACAACGAAUUCCCGUACAUGGGCAAUGGCUUCGCUCCCCCCAAGUCCGAGCUGUUCGAUCAACGAUACUCCCGCCACGAAGACGGAUCCGACCUCUGGUGGAGAAACAUGCUCGAGAACCCCUCGCUCGUCCAGCUCGACCACCGCAUCCUGGCAACCACCACCUUCACCACCAUCAUGGCCCUGUGGGCAUACUCCCGCAAAUCCCCCACGAUGAAGAAACUCCUCCCACCAGCCGCGAGAAAGGGCGUGCACGGCGUCGUUGCGUUUGCCGUUAUGCAGGUUGGUCUCGGUAUCUCGACUUUGCUCUACCUCGUUCCUAUUCCUCUUGCUUCGGCGCACCAGGCUGGUAGCUUGUUCCUGUUGACUUGGGUUAUGGUGCUGGGGAGCCGGGUCUGGCACCCGUCGAGGACUGCGAAGUUGUUGCAGAUGGCUGUCAAGGCUCGUGGUCAGCAGGUUUCGCAGGCGGCUACCCAUGCGGCUAAGAAGUUAUAGUCAGUCGCCCGUCUGCCUCGUUCUCGUUAUUUGUCACGAAAAGAUAUGGGUGAGUAUAUGUCUGUAUAUUAACUAGUACCUCUCUUCUUGUAAAAUAUGAUUCUUUCAAACUUGUUAUUCGUUACUCUAUUUACAGUCAUGAAUCAUUGUGGCCCUGAGACGAUCAUCCAAAAAUUGCAAUAACCCCGAGACCAACGAAGGAAAAUAGGAAACAUCCACCCAUCCCUAUCCCUCACAACAAACCACUCUCAAAACAACCCUACCCUUCCACCAUCACCCCCCACAACCCCUUCCCUCUUCAUAAACUCCUCCACAGCCCUAGCCGCCUGUUCCUGCGCAUAUCCAUGAAUAUCGCCAAGUCCAUACGCCUGAUAGUACCACAUCCUCGCCGGGUC